UUAAAAUUUCGAUUCAAGGAGCCUCUCGUCAAGCCAGACGAGCUUUUUGAAAAGAAUUUUAUUCCCUUAGAAAUUUAUUCCAUAAUGUAAAAAUAUAUAAAUGAACCUUAAAUAAGGGUACGAGUGAUAAAAGCUUCGCGUUCGGUUCGAUAACUAUUGACUGUCCCAGCAGGUUCGGUUCGAUAACUAUUGACUGUACCAUUCUCACACGUGGCUCUCGCAGUAUCAACCGGCCAUCAAGUUCAAAAGAGCUUUCCAAGUGCGAUAAUCGUAUUAUCACAACACGCCCCAUUAGCUGGAGUAUUACCGCAUGUUUCUCCUCCUUGAUAUCUCCCUUCCUCCCCGUGUUUUUUUUCUCUCUCGAAAAAAAAAAAACAUUUGCCCAUGUGUAUUUUUAGGAAACCCGAAACUGGCAAGCAACAAAGAUCUUCGUUUCUUCUAAAAAAUUAUCGGUUAAAACACCGCGACGAACCAAAAAAUAAUUUUCACGAGGACUCAUCAAAUUGACGAUUCGCAUACUUCGUGAGAAUUCGAGAACACUGGAGGUAGAACGAAGAUAACAUCGAUGAACGAAGUUGGGAAAGAUCGACAGAUUCGUACGAUUGUUAUCGGAGUUAUUAUUCGCACAGAGUAAUCAUUCGGGUUUGUUCGUAGCGUGCAAGUGCAGCAGAAGGGGCACAGGGAGAGGUGAAUAGGUCGGCGAGAAUAUUCACGUUACACACGACGCCUGCCACAUUACAGUGUUUGUGAUGGAUUGAAAAUCGAAAUCGGAUCAAGGAUUCCGUAUAUAAUGCAGAACGUCGCGUGCAAUUUGAGACACCGACAAGCGUCGCCAAACGGACAACGAAUUAGCCGAACUAACGGCCUGUCUACCUGCGAGAUGUGUACUGGUGUCGGAAGGUGCUUUGUACUGCGGCGGAGUCGACAUUUGAAAAGAAUUCAUGACGAAAACGGAUCUUGCUCGAAGGUUCAAUUGUCCCGGAGGGAGGGAAAACUGUCCGUUUCCUGAAUUCAUCCGGCACCAUUACAUCCACGCGUGUAUCCUGCAGCGUUCCUGCGGCGAUGACGGAGGGCAUGGAAUUAAUAGCGCAAGGCGCAGAAGCGCGCCUCUACAAAGGGGAAUACUUGGGCAAGAUGUGCCUGCUGAAGGAGAGAUUCGUGAAAAAUUACCGGCACCCGGAACUGGACGCGCGUCUCACCAAGGAUCGCAUCAAAGCCGAAGCUCGUGCCAUUAUUCGUGCGAAGGCCGCGGGAGUAGCAACACCAGCUCUGUACCUGGUGGAUCUAGAGCGACGCAGCAUUUACAUGGAAUUCGUAGAGAACGCCAUGGUGCUGAAGGACUUCAUAGACGAAAACAUUUCGGGAAAGGGGAACGUGCAUGACCUGCUGGAAUUCAUUGGACGUGGAUUGGGCGCGCUCAUAGCCAAGCUGCAUUCCAAACACAUCAUCCACGGCGAUUUGACCACGUCAAAUAUACUGCUGAAGAACGACUCAAUCGAACUGUCUGAUAGUAAAAAGUCCGAAGCUGAUACCAAAUUCGUAAUGAUAGACUUCGGACUGGCCCGGGUGGACUCCACGGCGGAAGACAAAUCGGUCGACCUGUACGUUCUGGAACGAUCGCUACUAAGCGCGCAUUCCGAAGUACAGUCGUUAUUCGACCGUAUCUUUCGUCACUAUCGACUUCAUUAUCAGAAUAAAAGCCAAUGUGAGCAAGUGAUCUCGAAGUACAAGCAGGUACAGACACGAGGACGCAAACGCCUGAUGAUCGGAUGAAGCGAAGAAACGAAGAAGAAACUUCGCAGUCCCGUGGAGAGUAUAAAGAGUUUAUGUAUAAAUAUAUUUUCUUACAACACGCGCAAGAUGAACUUAGAUAGAUCGCGGGCCGUUCGAACUUUGCGUGCUAAUGAAUGUAAGUUACACACAUACACACACACACACACACACACACAAACAUGCGAUUCACGUCACUCGGAACUUCAGUCGCGACUCGUACGAUUGGUUAAAAAAUUGAAAUGCCCGAUCAUUUUUGAGAAGGUAAGAAGAUUUUUUAUACAAUAAAACCAUACGUGUAUGUAACAAUACGUAACGGUAUAAUAAGAUAACGAAUAAUGCAAGGGAAUUACCAGAAUUGGGAGAGCUGCGCUUUUCAAGAGUAACUCGUUACCGUUACUUGUUAUUUGUUGAGAAAAAAAGAAAAAAAGAGUGACUUGUUACCGUCUUGCUACUCAGUAUGUUCAUCCUCGUUUAGCAGGUAAAUUUACAAUUUUCAUUACUUCUUUUUCACCAAAUUUUGAAAACAUACUUUUACGAUUCGUUGCCGCCCUUCCUAUAUACACCAACUGAUGUUAUAGUAUACAUUAAUGGUUUACGUGUGCAAGAAGUAACGAUUCGUUGCCCGAGAAAUGUAAUCACGUUACCAUUAUCGUUACCAGUGUAAGGAGCAAUGACGGUGUCAGGUCAUUGUUGAGGAAAAGUAACGGUAACGGCAUUACAAGCAACGAGUUACUUCCCAAUCUUGGCGAUGACUAUUGCAUACGUAUAUAACGAAUUUGGCAGCGGCGACGAUCUGUGAUGACAAAGCUAUUGCUCCUUGUACACGUAGAUUGUGUUGGUGUAAAUCAGUCGAAAUGCAGUCCGGAAUAUAUAAUGAUCCAAGUCACCUAUCGACACAGACAACGAUAUAUAAUACACAUCACUAUGCGCCUA